AUGUGCGAAGUCGCGAACAUGUGGAAACUAUUGAAGCCGUUGAUUUCAAUAGCAGUGACGAUGAUGAUGAAGAUCCGUAUGCACGAAGAUAGUGUCACUAACGCCGAGACCAACGAGCAGUUCCGGAUUCACCCGAGUUGUGCGACUCACUCCAGCGUCAUCGUCGCGAUCGGAAAUUAG